AGAAGUUAUUCCCCCUCUCAUUGAGCACCAUGUGCCACGGUCACAGCACUUUGGAAAAAUAAUAUAAUCAGUUAAUCGCUGCACUAUCUGUUGGACUCAAGUCGCCAGAGGUACACCCCCCUGAAGAACCUAGAAAUACACAGCAAACUUAUGCGUUCCCGUACCGUAUAUAAGUUCAAAUCGAUCGACGCCUCAGCGGUCAGUUCCAACUAAUUGGCGAGUGAGUUUGGACUUACUUGUGGAAUUGCCAAGACUUCUUAUUGGGGAAUAGUUCUCCCAAACGGAAAACUUAAAGAAACUUGAGAAGCUUGCUUGCCAACUUAGCGUGUUGGUUAGGAAUUACCUGUGAAAUAAUCAAUACCUCAUAACUAGGCACUUAGGAACGAAGAUACUUUUUUGGAAAUACCUCUAACUGAACAAAAGAAAGUGCUUAACACCUCUACGAGUUACAAGAACUGCAAAUAAUCUGGACGAUACAACACUCGUUUUAAGAUCCAUAAAAAUGAAUAUCUUCCCGAUCAGCUUGGUGAUUUUCAUCGGAACUCUGUUGGCCUCGUCAGAGGCAGACAUCUCAUCACCCAUCAUAGGGGUUCUCACGCAGGAAGUUUACGUAGAUGGGCUGAUCUCGAGGCACUUUGACAACAAGACCAGCUAUAUAGCCGCCUCGUAUGUGAAGUAUCUCGAAGGAGCUGGAGCCCGAGUUGUGCCGAUUUGGAUCGGUCGCAAUCGCAGCUACUACGACGAUCUCAUGCACAAGAUAAAUGGAGUCUUGUUGCCCGGCGGAGCCACUUGGUUUAAUCAGAGCAAUGGGUAUGCCGAUGCGGGUGAACACCUCAUCCACUUGGCCAUUGAACUAAACGAUCAGGGAGUCUUUAUGCCGGUUUGGGGCACUUGUCUUGGCAUGGAAUUGUUGGUUUACAAACUGGCCAACGAAACUGAACACCGGAUUAACUGCGAGGGCACCGGAAUGGCCCUGCCGAUGGAAUUUAAAGAAGACUAUUACAAGAGCCGCCUCUUUGCAUCCAUCAGUGACGAUGUGGUCGACACCAUGGUCAAGGAGAAUGUGACCUAUCACUCGCAUCAGUUCUGCUACACGGAAAAAGUCUUCGAGAGGGAUCUUCUAAACGAGACUUGGCGGGUUAUGUCCCUAAAUCAUGACUGGAAUGGCAUAGAGUUCAUUUCCACUGUAGAGCACAUAAAAUACCCCUUCUAUGGGGUACAAUUCCAUCCGGAGAAGCCGCUGUACGAGUUUACAAAGAACACCAUUCCUCAUACCGCAGCUGCUGUGUUGAGUGGGCAAUUCUUCGCGGAUUUCUUUGUGAGUGAGGCGAGAAAAAGUAGCCAGAGCUUUUCGAAUGCCACGGAGCAGGCCAGGACGCUAAUCUACAACUAUAUGCCGGAGUACACUUCCAUUCUGGGCUCUGCGUACAUACAGCAAUAUUUAUUUACCAAUGAUGAAAUGGAAAUUCCGGAUAUCCCUGAUGAAGGCGGUGAUAACGAGGGGGGUAGUAGUGGCGGCUAUAUUCCCAUUAUUGUACCAGGCGAUGACGGUUCUGCCACUACGCCUUUCCUUAGCGGAUUACUUCUAACUCUGGUUCUUUUAUCAAUUAAUUAAUUGGCUUCUUUGCUCGGCAAAGUUGUGGACAGAACUUUGAACUUAGCGUGGACUUUGGGAUGCACCCGAUUUUUUCUGAUAUAUUUGUCUUGAUCGAUUUUAUAACUUUAUCUUUCAAGUUACCUAUGGGAUUGCUGAUCAAAAAAGAGAUUGUCCUUGUUGCCAUGGGUGUUUCCAUUUGCAAUUUAUUUUUUGUAUCACUAAUUGCGAAUAGCACCUCUAAUAUUAAAAACUAGUUAAUCAGCACUUUACCUAAUUGCUAAUAGCUAAUUAAUAAAAUAUUACGGGCAUUAAGUGUUCUUACGAAAUCGAUAUUUAACAAGAUGGAAUGCUAUAGUCGAGUUC